AUGACGGAUGUUCCAACUGGUGGCAGAAUUGUGCCCGUAGUCGAGGCCCAUCAGCAUUACUCCAUUAGUCCUACCGAUGAGGCCGUGGCCGAUCAACCCCGAUCAUUACAACUGUUCACAACACAACCACCCCAACUACCCCAAGAAGAAGACAGUGACGAACCAUCAGAUCAGAAGCUGCCGCCCCACUCCCAGGCCAAAUCAUCAAAAAGCACGCGCAGCAAAAAUGCGGAGACGGAAUGUCUGGAGCUACCUUGUCUCAAUAAACUAGGGCUCUAUGCUCUUCCCACUGAGGGUGAUGGCAAUUGCCUAUACUACGCCCUCUCCGACCAACUUUAUGGUGAUUUCACGUAUGCCGACCAAAUCCGGGUUCGUCUCGCAGACCACAUUGCUGCAAACAAGGACUACUUCAUGAAUUUCAUUGCCGCCGUCGGUGGAGAACGCAGGGCGCCUAGGCGCGCCGCUGCCUCGGCGGCUCGAUAUUCUUACCGUUCGUCUUCCUCCUCAUCCGCUAGCCCGGCACCUCCGUCCUCCAAGGAUAAGGAACGGAGCUUUGAUUCCAAGGUGGCAGAGUCUCGAAAAAAUGGCGUCUGGGGAGGGGCAGAGGAGAUCCAGGCAUUCUGCCAGUCAUAUAAAAGGGACGUCAAUGUCUACACCAUGUAUGGCAUUCAAAACUUCCGUGACGUCCAUGCCUCAGAUGAGGAAGAAAGGGAGCUUGUACAUAUUGCAUUUCAUGACUUCCACCACUAUUCCUCCGUGCGACACACAGAAGGCCCGCACACGGGCUUACCGUGUAUACCCAAGGCCGAUCAAACACUUCAGAAAGACGCAUCGUCAGCUGGGCCCACAGUCGUGGAUAUGGCCAGUCCCUGGAAAAUCUCGGCUAUCCAGGCCGGCCUCGGUGGCAAGUAUGACCGGGACACCAUCGUAGGAAUGCUACAACAAUGUCGCGGUAACAUCGACAGAGCAUUCACAAACCUGCUUGGCGAGGAUACCCGUGCACAUCCAGCAGAGACAUCUGCCUCUAGGGCAAUCAUGAAGUCUCGCCUUCAACCCUCCUCACGAUCUUCGUCCCCCUUCAGCACAGGUAGUAAACGCUCGGCAGAUGAAAGUGAACUUGAGGAUAAUCCUCAGCCGGCUACUCGGCGCAACCGAGCUAGGGACCAAAAAAGGCGAAUUCUUCCCGAUGUCACUGUCGGUAUUGCCUUCCGGGACGAUCAGAACGAUUUGGUUUCCCUACGGCUACGAGUUAGCCCGGAUGCGGUCGCGGAAAAGGCGACGGCUAGAGAAUCUCCUAGUCAGACAGAAAGUGAUUCUUUCGACUCGGGAACCGAUAGAACUGGGGUUCUAGAGAAGGACAAGAAGUCCAGAACCAAGCAGAAACCUGCUUCUAGCGAGACUGUCAGCCAGAAGAACGAAGCUACGGAAGAGCAGAAGCCACGGCGAAGUCAACGACUUACCCGGAGUCGGAACGCUCCAAAGCCUGCUUGA